UUUAUUUUUACCACAAUGCCCAUACUUACUUCUCGCAAAUAUGACGCGCCACAGCCUGGCAGCGCGCACAACGGCGCGCCUAGAAAUCGCUGUUGCUGAUAUAGAACCCGAUCGCGAUCGUGAUCAGGAAGCCGACGCCGCUCGCGAGCAGGAUCGGCCCAUCCCCACCAUCGAGCGUCACGCCGACCGUGUCGCCGACCAUCUUCGCGUAGCGCCGCCGCGGGCCGCUGCACUGCGGGCACUUAAAGCCGAACGUCUGCUCCUCAAAGUAGCGGCCGCCGAAGAUCUUGCGGUCGUAGACGUAGCCGCAGUCGGCGCAGACCCAGUCGCCCUGCCAGUACUGCUCGGCCUUCUCCUUCGCCGACAGCGCCGCGUUCAGCGGCUGGAGGCCCGGGAGGUGCUCGCGCACGGGGGGCACGAAGGCCGUCGCGCAGCUUGCGAGGACUGCGAAGGCCGUCGGUCGCAGCAUUGUCAGUUGUGUCGUGGAUAUUAGUCGAUGUUAGUGGAUAUUAGCUCGUCGCGGGCGCGAAAGCAAGCCGCCACCCUAAGCUCAACAAUGGCUGCUGAAAGCGUCGGGCUGACGAACGGAUGGAACCGAAGGCCCAAACGUAGGAAAGGUAUCGUGUCCGGGAUCGUCGCAGCCUCUGAACGUGCGUUCGAGCUGACCGCGCGUAGACCAGCGUGUUUUUGUGCGG